CGCAAUCACGUAUCAGCCAUGCUGAAGAACUCGAAACAAAUGAAUUCUGAGGCAACAGUGUCGCCUAGUUCCGGCCUUGCUGGCUCUUCCGUCGUCGAGACCACUCCGAAGCCCAGGAAGAAACUUUCAUUCAAGGAGCCCGAAAUAUUCAGCUAUCUGAAGUUGAAGAAACCUUUUAAAAAGUCGAAACCUCCCCCACUCCAGUUGACGCGUUCAACAACUAGCGCCGAUUUUAGCUUCGAUGAGAACCCCUUCGAAGAAGAGAACGAUGACCUCGAGGAGCUCGAGAGUCAAGCGAUGAGGGUGGUCAGGACGGUAGGACAGGCCUUCGAGGUGUGCCAUAAAUUAAGUUUAAACAACGCCACGGAAGAGCGGGAUCGGGGAGAGAAAGAGAAAGAGAGAGAACACGGUGAGAAUCAUCGUGACGUUUACGAGGACCAAGACGAAAUACCGAAUGAGCAGUUGCAGCCGUCACCGUCUUCUGUGCAUAAAGAUAUAUCGUUAUUAGGGGAUGCAGAGGAUUCGGUGCCAGAACAGACGACUGUUCCUUGUCUUCUGAGAACGAACGAAGUUCCAACGAACGCAGCGUCUACCUCGCCUAUUAGACAAUCGCCAUCGGGUACAGUGACUUCCGAUUGUGGAGGAGGGUUACUCGUUGGAGGAGAAUUAACCGCUCUGAAGCAUGAGAUUCAACUGUUGCGAGAACGAUUAGAGCAACAAAGCCAACAGACCAGAGCCGCUGUUGCCCAUGCGCGAUUGCUUCAGGAUCAGCUUGCGGCUGAAACGGCAGCUCGAGUAGAAGCUCAAGCUAGAACGCAUCAAUUGUUGAUGCAAAACAAAGAGCUUCUAGAGCAUAUAGGUGCAUUGGUCGGCCAUCUUCGAGAGCAAGAACGGAUCUCGAGUGGACAUGGAACCUCACAGUCUCAAUUGUCUGGAACGACCACGAUGCAACAAACUACUACUGUUCCUGACCUGUCGAACAUCGGCCAGUGCCAAAGAACAGGAGGACAAAGUUCACCAUGGGAACUGGAUCCACCAUCUCCAUACUACUCUUAUGCAUCAGAUCCCUUAUAUUCUGGAGGUCUAAACUCAAUGGGAAUGCAAGGAAACAGUUGCCCAGCAGAUCAGUUACAAUUUCAAACGCAACUCCUAGAAAGACUGCACAACAUAAGUCCAUAUCAGUCUCAAAGAUCACCUUAUAACACACCUUCUCCUUAUACAAUGGGUCCCAAUUUUCUUGUACCUCCUAAUAAUAGGCCGUCUAGCUCAGCUCAAUUGUCUCCAAGCUCCAUGUCAUUAAGAGUUUCUCAGACAAACAGUUUCUCUUCAUCACCUGUAAUGACGCACAAAUUAGAUAAUUACGUAGGAAAUCCGGAGAAUACAGAAUUGAAGACAACAUUCAUAAAACCUUUACCUUGUACAGGCGAAAGUUAUUUCGGUCACGUAGUUCAGGAAACAAAGAGUAAGCAGGAUCGUAUUAAUUUGCACGACGAAAUUCCACCCAUUGUGUUGGAUCCUCCACCUCAGGGUAAACGUUCAGAGACAACUGCUAAACAAUUGUCGACCAAAAAAAGUUCCAAUGGCCAAGGGUCAAAUAAGAACAGCUCACAGAACCAGAAGAAUCUAGCUACCAUCUUAAGAACCUCUGGUCCACCACCGUCUCGCACAACCAGUGCUCGUUUACCUCCGAGAAAUGAUUUGAUGUCUGAAGUGCAAAGAACUACCUGGGCGAGACAUACAACCAAAUGAUGAAGAAUCCUCUUCGGAGUAGUUUCUGAAAAAUUUACUAUCUACAUAUCAUUUCCUGGGUAAAACGUUUCUGAUGAAAAAUAAUGUUUCUUUCUAAUUUUAUAAUAUGAUUUGCAGUUCCAUAAACUGAUUGGAACUUCUAUGAAUUGUUUGUAUUAUAAUAUAAUCAAAAUUAUGUAAUUGUUGUUAUAAUUAUUUUUAGUUUUAAAUAUAAGAAAAACAUUGUGCACAAAUGAAAGUUCUACCCAAGUCAGUUUAUUAUUAUUAAUUGAGAACUAUGUGAAGUGUGUAAAUACGUUUUGUUUCUUGUUAACACAGACUGCUUAACGUAGACUGCUCGUGGAAGAUAGAAUUUUAAUUAUCAACGUAACAAAAAGAAAAAAGAAAAAAAGAUGAUAGUGGUUAUAGACUUUUCUUGAAAGAUAAAAAUCAAAGGAAAGAUUUAUAAUCGAAAGUGUUAAUUUAGUUUAUAUUUUCCAUUGGUGCCAAAAGAGCAGAGCUUUUAAUAAAAUAUAUUUUCAACAUGUGAAUAAAGAAAUUUGUGAUCAGCAUAUAACAAAUGAGUGUAUAUAUAAAGCGUCAUUCUUGUAUAUACUUAUUAAGUUCCGAUAAUUUUACAAAUUAAAUAACUCUGUACUAUAAAAUAGAAAGGUGCAGAUAUUAAACUCUUGCGAAUUUUAUUCGUCACAAUUUUUAGGACAGAAAUUUUUUCCUUUGUUAUAUAUAUAUAUAUAUA